GCCACGUUUGAGCUGGAAGUGUUGUGGCUGUGGAUAAGUGUUGAGGCUUUGAUUCAGGAGGCUUUGGUGAGAGGAAGCUGAGCAGUGAUCACGGGGGAAAAUAUUUUCUGAGGAGACUCGAGAUGAAACGCAGAGCACUUUUGGUUUCAAACUCGACUUUGUAUGGGGGUGGCUACCUAGAACAUUGCCAGGGGCAGAUAACUGAAUUUUUUGGAGAUAAAGUGAAGAGGGUGUUAUUUGUCCCAUAUGCUUUACAUGAUAGAGAUGCGUAUGCCAAGACAGCAAGGCAGAAAUUUGAAAGCUUAGGUUAUGGACUUGACAGUAUCCAUGAAGCACCAAAUCCCGUGAAGGCAGUAAGGAAAGCAGAAGGAAUCUUCAUUGGUGGAGGGAACACUUUUCGGCUCCUGAAAGCUUUGUAUGACAACAAUUUGGUUUCAGAGAUACAAAGUAGAGUCCUUCAGGAUGGCAUGCCUUACAUGGGAUCCAGUGCUGGAACAAAUGUGGCCACUGUCAGCAUAUGCACCACCAACGACAUGCCAAUUGUCUAUCCACCGUCAUUUAAAGCCAUUGGCCUGAUUCCAUUCAACAUUAACCCUCAUUACCUGGAUGCAGACCCCAACAAUCAACACAUGGGGGAAACCCGGGAAAAACGCAUUGAGCAGUACCACGAGGAACCAGGUACACCACCCGUCCUGGGUUUGCGUGAAGGUUCCAUGCUGCUGGUUGAAGGUGAUAAGGUCACAUUGCUGGGAACCACUCCUGCCCGUUUAUUCAUCCGAGGGAAGGCGGCAACUGAGCAUGAACCUGGAACAGACUUCAGCUUCCUUCUAACAGGAAAUCUGCCCUGAAUAACCAUAAAUGAACAACCGACAGGUUACGAAGAAUCCAA